AUGCGAGUGGCAGUCACGGGAAAUAUGCCUAACACCAGUAAAGUAAACUUUUUCAAAGGGGCCACGGCCACGAGGCUAACUACAAAGAGGCUAGCUAGCGCUCCUCUGCCGCAGCCCGAGGAGGAUGCUAGCAGCGGCGUGUCGGGGGAAGAGGGCCCGGAGAUGAGCGAAACCAUGUUUGACGAGCUGAGGAAGAUGAAUGCUACUCUACAAACCAUGGCGGCGGAUGUUAUUACUAUUAAGGAGACGACAAAAGAAUUGAAGGAAUCCGUAGAAAGCAUCCAGGCCCGCAUGGGUGAGGCAGAACAGCGCAUAUCUGACCUGGAGGAUAGCCACGAGCAAGCUAGCUCCAAGCUGGAGAAGUGUGAUAAGAGAGUUGAUGUACUGUGGUCACGGGUGGAGGACUUGGAGAACAGGAGUCGGAGGAAUAAUGUUCGUAUCGUUUCUCUUAAAGAGGGACUGGAAGAGCAGGGGAAAAUGGCCAAAUAUGUGGAAAAGAUCUUAGGGGACGCACUCGGGCUUACUGGCGGUGAAUUUGAGAUUGAACGCGCCCAUUGCAUCCCUAUUCCUGUUCCAGACACUUCCAAACCUCCGAGAGCGGUACUUGUUCGCUUCCUACGCUCGUCUGCAAGGGAGAAGGUACUACAGGUGGCCAGGGAGACGCGUGGUAUCCACUGGGAGGGCUGCAAGCUUUCAAUCUUCGAAGAUUUCACGAGAGAGCUGGCGGAAAAGAGGAAAGCGUUCGUCCCGGUGAAGAAACAUCUACGAGAGCUACAAGUGAAGCACCGACUAGUCUAUCCUGCCACUUUAUUGUUUACUUGGAAUGGUCAGAAGGAAGCCCUUCACUGA